UGAUCGGGUCAUGGCGGGGAGUUACCCUCAGGCCAUGGUCUGAACUACAACACUCUCUGACACUGAGCUACUCGGACUUUUCAAGCGGUCAGAACUAGAAGUGUCGGACGACCACCUGAAGAACCCGUUAAUCGACAUUCGCGUCCGUCCCCGUUAAUCGACAUUCGCGUCCGUCUCAUUGGCAGGGACACAGUCGUCAAGUAUCCGUCCACACGUCGAUCCGAGAUUGAUACUCUUCACCUUGUCAGGGCCGCCACUUCCAUCCCCGUUCCAGCUCCCCGUCGGAUGAUCACGGGUGACCGCCCAGACUCACAUUAUUUCGUAAUGGAGUUUGUCCCUGGUCGAACGCUGGAUCAGUGUUGGUCUAGCCUCUCUUUAUGGAGAAAGGUUAAAAUUAUUUGGACAUUGAGAGGAUAUGUCAAGCAGCUUCGUCAAGUUCAUUAUCGGCCUGCAGAAGGGGAGCUUCGACCUGGACCCAUCGGCGAGCAACCUCAAGAGUGCGAAGGAUUGUGUUUCACUGAUUAUGGUGCCGGUCCAUUUUCGAACUACGCCGAACUUGCCGAGUGGUUCUCGCACAAGCUUUCUGUAGCCCAGCGCAUGAAAAAAGCGUCCAUUUUGGCAAGACCAUUUGAUGCGUCCAUGCCCUUAGUCCUGACACACCUCGAUCUUGCCCCUCGCAACUUGCUCCUGGGCAACGAUAAUCGUCUCUGGGUAUUGGACUGGGGCUUAUCCGGAUUUUAUCCUAGAUGGUUUGAGUACGCGGCAAUGGUGUGGGAUUGGGAGCAGCUUGGCGGGUGAGGGCGACUCGCGGCGCAGUGUGUUGCGGGGUGCUAUGAGAGGCAACGGCGCUUCUUUUCUGAUAUCUCAUGGUCCCUGAUGACUGGUUUUCUCAUGUGAAUGAGAAAACAGUGAAGGACCGAUAUAGUCGAUUCGUACACACAGCCUUGCCCAGCCCUUACGUAACAACAUGUGGAAACGCCUGCAGAGACAAGAGGUUGUAUCACUAAAUUUCACUCUAACUAGGCGUCCUGGUUAAUAAUGACAUGAGACCGAGGCUGAAUUCUAAUCGACAAC